UAAGUAAAUGUAUUUACCUCUUCAUAAUGCAACUGAUAAAAAAUACAUCAUUAAAAUCCCUAUUAAGAAAUUGGGCUUAUUUACAGUUUCGUUGCCACUGUUUGCGUUCAUAACUUGUGUUCUACUAACAUUGUAUAAAGAUUUUGAAAAUGCGAAUAAUACGCAUUGUAAAGUGCCAAAUAUAUUUCCAUCGAUAUCAGCAUCUAUAGGAAAUUAUGAACCACAACGCACAAUAUGGAGAACCGCUAUAUACAGUCAUGCUCCACUAAGGUUUUUUAUAAUUUAUUUAAGAUGGGAUUACUAUAGGGAAAUUAUUAGCCACAGUUGUAUAUUUAUAGUUAAAUUAGCAGUAUUUUUAAACGUUAUUGAAAAUUUAUCGUUAAUAGGGUUGACCCAUUGGACUUCAACUUUGUCCUACCCAUUUCAUGAAGCAUGUUUUAAAACUUUUAUUGGCACUUCAAUAUUUUACAUGUUUUUCACAUGCAUGAUGUUAACGAAAUAUAAACGACUGCCAGCAUUGACACGUCUAGAAGUAUAUUCAAUGAAAUUAAAGUGGAGAGCUUUUUUUGUAAAUAUAGGUUCUUUUGCAUUUGCAGCUUAUUUUUUCUUAAGACACAAUAGACUUUGUGAACCGUAUGUUUAUUCAAUGUUUGGGUUUUCUGAGUACAUUGUUGUAAUUAGCAACAUACUAUUCCAUAUGACAACCAUAUAUGAUCUCCGAAGGCAACACAUCUACUUUACUAGAAAAGGAUUUGUGUUCGAUUGACUUAGGAUUGUAAAUAACAUUUUUAUAAUAGAAGAAGGUGUGGUGGAAAAUGAUAUAAAUCAAAGAAUUCCAAGUA